CAACAUGCUCCCAAGGGACCCUUCAGAGAUAUUUAUGGAUCAUCAUCCCUUUGGCCAGGACACCUUUCCAGCUUUCCCUGUUUACUCCCCAAAGAUGCCACUAUAGUCACUGCUGAGAUUUUCAGUGCUCUCUCCCUGCCGACUCUUGAGAGCCGCCCUGAUCUGUCACUCGUCUGUCUCCUGCUCACUCUCGGGUACCCAAUCAAUCCCCGGUGCCGCCGCCAGCUGAGGGAGCCGAUCCCCCAAACUGGGUGAGGCACCUUCCUCUGCACUCACUGCCCACUGUCCCAGAUGGUGGAAGGAAUUGCAGAGGAGCCCCAAGAUAUGUGGAAAAAUUGACAUCUCCAGAGGUUUCUGUCCACAGAGAAAACAGAGGAGUCCUGUAAAAGUAAUUUCAUUCAUAAAAACAGGGAGAGGCCAUGGAACGUUUCUCGAAAUGAAGUGGUGCUUGUGGUAGGAGAAGGUGGAAUUAUCCAGGAGGAGGAAUAGUAGGAGGAAGAGGAGUGUGAGGAAGAGUAGGGACACAAGAGGAGGAGGAGAAACAGGAAGCACCACAAGGUUCCACCACUCCCUAUAUCUGCAGCCUCCACCCAGCCCCAGGAGCACUGCACCCCCUACAUGCAGCAGGAUUUUUCAUUCCCAAGGCGUGGCCAGAUGGAGGAAGAGGAAAAGCCCCAGAGAUCGGACACGAAGGGGGCCUGCAAACCCAGCCCAGGGAAGGAGGAAAGACCCUCCCAAUCCCACAAAGGUGGCCAGAGAUCCAGCCAGAGCUCAGAGCUGGUGGAAAAGCCUCAGGGCGAGGAGAAGCCCCACAAGUGCUUGGAAUGUGGGAAGGGCUUCAGCCGGACUUCCCAUCUGAGGGAACACAAGAACAUUCACGCGGGGGAACGGCCCUAUGAGUGUGGGGAAUGUGGGAAAGGCUUCAGCCAGAGCUCCCACCUGAGCCAGCACCAGAAGAUCCACACUGGGGAGAAGCCCUAUGAGUGUGGAGAGUGUGGGAAGGGCUUUGUACGGAGCUCCCAGUUGAGGGAACACCAGAGGAUCCACACUGGAGAAAAGCCCUACCAGUGUGGGAAAUGUGGGAAGAGCUUCAGCUGGAGCUCCAGCCUGAUCCAGCACCAGGUUAUCCAUACUGGGAAACAAGCCUAUGAGUGCUUGGAAUGUGGAAAGAGCUUUGGGUGGAGCUCUGCCCUGAGAAACCACCAGCUCAUCCACUCUGGGGAGAAGGCCUACGAGUGUCCAGAGUGUGGGAAGAGGUUCUCCAGGAGCUCUAACUUGACCCAACACCUACGGAGGCACCGGUAAGGGAAGCCCUGCGAGUGCCCCGAAUGCAGGAAGCACUUUGUUCGCUGCUUUAUCUGCAUCCCCCAUGGGAGGAUAAGUGUUGGAUGAUCCCCAGUGACCCCUAUUGGGAAGAGCCCUGGUGAUCUCUGUUCUGGGUGAUCGUGUUGAGUGGGAGGAAAGUGUUCAAGAGAUUUCUUUCCCUUCUCCUUGUGCUGCUGUGUUUUGUUUGAUAAUAAAUUCGCUCCCUGUGCCCAGGCUGGGUCUGUUGUGGCCAUGCCAGUGCUCAGGGUAGGA